AUGUCCGGCGAACAAAAGGUAGAAAAGACUCAGGUCGAUGACGAUGAUGAACUUGAUGAGUGGGACCAAAGGAUUUUCAGUACGGGCUGUGCUGAGGAACAGCUCCGAAUGAACGAUUGUUACUACGACAAGAAGGAUUGGAGACUUUGUCGGAAUGAAAUGGAGGCUUUUAGACAGUGUUGGAAGCGCAAGGGAAACGAGGAACGCACUCGGAGUAAAGACACUGCUCUGUCAGAGAAAUAG